UCCGCCCCCUCGGCGCCACCCCUUGCUCCGCCAAACUUUCCUCGGGCUCCGGGCGUGUAGCAGCUGCCGCUGGAGAGGAGGGGCGCCGCGGCCGGCCCGUCUAAACCUUCACCGCUCCCCGCUCCCGGCCGGAGCCCGGCACCCGGUCGCCUCGUUGCGCUCGGCCCCGAGGGCAUGCAGCAGCCGCAAGGGCCCCCGCUCCCGGGCUCGGCGGCGGGCGAGCGUGAGCGGAUGUUCGGUUCUUCUCCACAAUGAAUGAGUGUUACUAUGAUAAGCGGAUGGACUUUUUUUAUAAUAGGAGCAACACAGACACUGCCGAUGAGUGGACAGGAACGAAGCUUGUGAUUGUUUUGUGUGUUGGAACAUUUUUCUGCCUGUUUAUUUUUUUUUCUAAUUCUCUAGUCAUCGCAGCAGUGAUCAAAAACAGAAAGUUUCAUUUCCCCUUCUACUACCUGUUGGCUAACCUAGCUGCUGCAGAUUUCUUUGCUGGAAUUGCCUAUGUAUUCCUGAUGUUUAACACUGGCCCCGUUUCAAAAACUUUGACCGUCAACCGCUGGUUUCUCCGCCAGGGGCUCCUGGACACUAGCUUGACUGCCUCUCUGACCAAUUUGUUGGUUAUUGCUGUGGAGAGGCACAUGUCAAUCAUGAGGAUGCGGAUCCACAGCAACCUGACGAAAAAGAGGGUGACGCUGCUCAUUUUGUUUGUCUGGGCCAUUGCCAUCUUUAUGGGGGCGGUCCCCACACUGGGCUGGAAUUGCCUCUGUGACAUCUCUGCCUGCUCUUCCCUGGCCCCCAUUUACAGCAGGAGUUACCUCAUUUUCUGGACUGUGUCCAACCUUGUGGCCUUCUUCAUCAUGGUAGUGGUGUACCUGCGAAUCUACAUGUAUGUCAAGAGGAAAACCAACGUUUUGUCUCCACAUACAAGUGGGUCCAUCACCCGCCGAAGGACACCCAUGAAGCUAAUGAAGACGGUGAUGACUGUCUUAGGGGCCUUCGUCGUGUGCUGGACCCCGGGCCUGGUGGUUCUGCUGCUGGAUGGCCUCAACUGCACGCAGUGUGGCGUGCAGCACGUGAAAAGGUGGUUCCUGCUGCUGGCGCUGCUCAACUCCGUCAUGAACCCCAUCAUCUACUCCUACAAAGACGAGGACAUGUACAGCACCAUGAAGAAGAUGAUCUGCUGCUUCUCUCAGGAGAAGAACCCGGAGAGACGCCCCUCCCGCAUCCCCUCCACCAUCCUCAGCAGGAGCGACACGAGCAGCCAGUAUAAGGAAGACAGUAUCAGUCAAGGCACGGUCUGCAACAAGAGCAGUUCCUAAGCUGUGGGUGUCCCUGUGCCCACCCAGGCCUCCUCUGGGAGAGGAGCUGUUAAGAAUGGCUGCCUGUCUCUGACAACACCCACCUACAGUGUUAUUUGAGGUCUAAAUUAAUCACUGGCAGAUUUUUUAAAAAUCACUUUACAUAGUUUAAAAGCAUGAGCAGUAAAGAGGGAACACAGCGCAUUUAGAGAAAAUGCACAAAAGAGGGAAGACAGCAUAGCAGAUUCCUGAGUGAUGUCCUGUGAACCACUCAGAGGACCAUUCUGGGCCCUGCCGCCAUCUUGUAGCCAUUCUCUUUGUGCUUUAAAAGGAUGUUGUUAAAGGGCUUAGACCAAGAUAAAUAACGAUGUUACUUGAGCCACUUGCUAUAGCUGCUUGGAAAGCCUAUGUAGUUCUUUCUGCAUGCAUUUAAAAUUUUUUAAAUGCUUCAGCUAUAUUUGUUUCCUCAAAGAAACCGUGGCCAGUAGCUAGGUGUUCAAUAGGAAUCUCAGAAAAACAAAUCAGUAAGGGCUCCAGAUUAGACUUGAUUUUUAAAUGAAAGAACAUUCUGAGGAAGAAGAUUUACUUAGAAACAAAAAAAAAGGUAAAUGUUAGAAACUUAGAGCAGAAAAAAAGGCCUUGAUGUGAUCGCCGAAGUGUGCAUGGGUGUGUAUACACAUCUGUGUGUUUAUACAUUUCUAAUUUGUAGUUACAGACCUCAAGGACAGUGGUAGUGAAAUAAAUUCACUGGCCAUCUAGGCUUUUCAGUCUAGAACUAUAGCUGUAGAAAUGACCUGUUGUGCUCUAAAAGAAAAGAAAAAGAGGUGAUUCAUUUGCAAACAGACAUAUAGCAAAGUAAAAGGUAUAUUGAUAAGUGGGCCUGAAUUCCUUUCAUAUAGGACCAUAUAUGAGCUUGACUUGAGUCCUUAUUUUCAGUUAACUCCAUACCACUGGUGGCUUGUCGGAUUUUAGUAUAUGGAAUAAUUUUCACAUUUCAUAUUUUGCUUACAGUUAUUGACAUGUUUCUGGUACUUGUCUUACAUAUGGACUGAAUUUUGAUCUGAGUUCUCUUUUAAAAUUUUCACCUUCAAAUACGUAAGCAACAUGAAAGGCAAGUCAGUAAGAAAAAUAAAAAGCUUCAGACACACAGGCUACUGACCAAAGUUUUUUAUAUAAAGCAUUUAGAAUAUAUUCUGAUUUUAAAAUAAGAAUAACUUCAAGGCAGAUAUUAUAAUAUUUAUGUAGUUUGCAAAAGAAGUUUACAUUUUUUUUGCUAUUGUGAUGUAACAUUUAUGUGCAAGAACUACUUGUAAUAAAAGGAUUUGAAAAGUCAUGCUUUUAGAUAUAAUGGCCUAAAAUAGAGAGUAUUAUGAUUUGAAGGUGUAGAUGUCACAAACUCCAUGUAGUAAGUGGAGUAUAUCUGAAGCUUAUAUCAAGAACACCUAUAAAAUUAAAUAAAGAAUUUGUUCUCUCUUGUU